GCUCCAUGACCUUUCACCCUCAACUGCUUCCUGCACUUGCUGACUUGUUAGUUGUAAACACUAAAUAAGACAUCUGUUAAGACCCUUAACUACCCUUGAACCUUGAGACACAUCUCGCACAGAGAUACGACACAUCUUAGCACACAGGCACACAGCGAUGCGGGCUGUUAAGUGAACAUUUAUGCCUGUUUUACCUUUCAACUCUCUGCAGUCAUGGCUGGGAUUUUGCACAGGACACUAAGACUGAGGACAGCUCUGAGCGCCCUCUCAUCUACUGCCACAGCCAGACCUUCACAUGUAGACCUCUGCAGUCCGGUUCUCCUCACCAGCUCAUGGCAGUUUGGAGCCUGCUGUCGAAAGCUGCACGCUGGGGCAGAUGGUCCAAAACAGUCCCCCGCUGCAGCCCCAGAGAGGCUGCCGUUCUCCAGAGUAACUGAAGAAGAUUUGAACUUCUUCAGGAAAAUUCUUCAAGCCAGAACCAUCACUGAUCCAGACCUGCUGGAGUCAAGUAAUGUGGACUGGCUAAAGUCAGUGAGAGGUUCCAGUGAAGUGUUGCUGAGACCUCAGACAACAGAAGAAGUUUCUCAAAUUCUCAGUUAUUGUAACAAUCGUAACCUGGCAGUGAACACACAAGGAGGAAACACCGGGCUGGUGGGAGGAAGUGUGCCAGUUUAUGAUGAGAUCAUCCUCUCCACUGCUCUCAUGAACAACAUCCUUAGCUUUGAUAGUAUUUCUGGUAUUCUGACGUGCCAGGCCGGUUGUGUCCUGGAGAACUUGUCUCUCUACCUGGAGGAGAGAGACUACAUCAUGCCACUGGAUCUGGGGGCAAAAGGCAGUUGCCACAUUGGGGGCAACGUUGCAACUAAUGCGGGCGGACUCCGGCUGCUGCGAUAUGGCUCUUUACACGGGACCGUGUUGGGUGUGGAAGUGGUGUUGGCAGAUGGGCGGGUGCUGGACUGCUUGGCCACGCUGAGGAAAGAUAAUACAGGAUAUGACCUGAAACAGCUCUUUAUAGGAUCAGAGGGCACACUGGGGGUCAUUACCGCAGUGUCCGUCCUUUGUCCACGGAAACCCAAAUCUGUCAAUGUGGUUUUCCUGGGUUGUGAGACCUUCGAGCAGCUGCUGAAGACAUUUCAGCUGUGCAGAGGCAUGCUGGGAGAAAUUCUGUCAGCCUACGAGUUCUUGGACAGUGAAUGUAUGAGGCUGCUGAAUACGCACCUCAAACUUCCCAAUCCCAUCUCCGACUGUCCGUUCUACGUCGUCAUAGAAACGUCUGGAUCUGACCCGACACAUGACGGGGAGAAGCUCCACAACUUCUUAGAGGAGGCGAUGACAUCAUCGCUGGUUACUGAUGGGACUGUGGCAACUGAGGACUCAAAAAUAAAGGCUCUGUGGUCAAUGCGUGAACGUGUCACAGAGGCACUGACUCAUGAUGGGUUCACCUACAAGUAUGACAUCUCACUUCCUGUGGAGCGGAUCUACCAGCUGGUGACGGAUAUGAGGGAGCACCUAGGGGACCGGGCCAAGAGUGUGGUGGGAUACGGACACGUAGGUGACGGGAACCUUCACUUGAACAUCACCUCUCCUGCCAAAGACCCUGCUCUCCUGGCCGCCAUAGAGCCUUUUGUCUACGAGUGGACGGCCGGCUGUCAGGGAAGCAUCAGUGCUGAGCACGGCCUUGGCCUGAAGAAGAGGAACUACAUCUACUACAGUAAACCAAGCCAGGCUGUCACUCUGAUGGGAAACAUCAAGGCCAUGCUGGACCCCAAAGGCAUUCUCAACCCGUACAAGACUUUGCCAGACAACCUGAAAUGACCCUCAGUGACAGGAAGUUCUGUCUUCGUUUAGACACAUAUAGUUUUCAAAUUUGGAUGUAAAAGGUGAUUUAUGUAGAGCUAAUGCAGGGGCUUUUUUGAGCUACAACUUGAUUGAUAAGUAGUUAUAUGGCAGGUCACACCCUUUCCUGUGAUACCCUUCUCACACAUUUGUUGCAGAGCUGCUAGUUUUGCACAAGAAACAGCCACAAACAUCAAGUGAUGUCAGUUUGCUCCAUAGUUUCAUGUUCAUUUGCACAAAGAACUAAUUUCAAAAUGACAUUGAAGUCAACAGGUUGUUGAAUUUUUGGCACUCUGGACUGAAUAUUUCAAUUGAAGUUAUUUCUAAACAUUAACUACCUCUGCUACUUGAAUUAAGUCUGAUCCAGUCCUUGUUCCAUAGAAUAUACGACUAAUUUUGUAUAGUAAGUACACUCCGUGUUCUUCAGUAUUGCUGAGAGGAAGCCGGUGAAUGAUCCUGAUCUGUUAACAGUGUUGUGCCUACUAGCGGCCACUAGGAGGCAGGCAGCGAAUAAGAAAGUGACAGAAUCCUCGAGGGCUUGAACAUCUUAAAUAUGUGUAAACACUUGUGGCUACAGUCUGUCUGGUCGACAGCUGUUUCUGUCUAAGUCCACAUGUUCUGCAUUUAAAUUGCAGCCUGUGUAUUAACGUCCAGCACUGGAAUACAAACAGUGUUGACCCUACUGCAUGGGUCACGACUGGAAUGUAAAAUUUCUAUUUGUAGAAAUAUGUAUUUUCUUAAAUCAUAACGCAACUCAGCUGAUAAUUAGGCAAGAGUGCAGUAAAUGUUUUAUUACAUAUAAAAAAAAAGACAAAGCAACAUUUUUUUUCCUUCAAAACAAAACCAGCAUUUGUGAACAUCUGUAACCGUACACCUAGGCAACUUCAUCAGUUUAAAAUGAAUCUUGAAUAAAACCAAAUGAAGAUGGGGA